UAUCCAGAGCCGGGCAAGAGGCAAAGGAGAAGGUGCUUGGAGCUGUCUGCAAAGAAUACUACGCACUCUGACAGCCACUGAGAGAGAGUGAGGGGAGAACUCUAAGGCAGGGAACUGUUGCUCCUGGUUCAGGAAGAUCUGUGCUGUUGCUCCUUUGAGCCUGGCUUUUCCAUCUAGACAGCAGGUAUUAUUGAAGCCUCUUUGGGAUGUACCUGAAGAUGUGAUUGGCUCUGAAAUGCACCAGAGGGAUUUUGCUGAGGGGACUUUUCUCCAAAGUCCAAUUGUAUUUGGUGUAUGACCCUAUUAAUCCAACAAGAGUUUUCCUCUUGGAUAGAAACCAUGAGGAAUUCCUGGAACAGUUUUCUCCCCUUAACCAUUGCACUUUUUAUGGGGGUUGUAGAGUGUCAGAGAGACCUUGCUGGGCGUCGUCUGGAUCAAUAUCCUUCUUUCAGGACAGAUGCUGGGAACAGGGAGAUGACGCAGUUAAGAUUUCAGCAGAACCAAGGCAGGUUUGGGCCAAGAACUAAAGUGCACAGUUUGUUCCCGGUACAUGGCUCUUCUUCUACAUUGGAUCAUGUUCCUGUAACUCCUCAGACAAAUGCUGCCGCUAAUGCCCGGAUGAGAAAUCCAGCAGGGAGGGAAUUUCGAAAACAAAAUUCUGCUCCAGCAGUCCACAAACUCCCAUCUCUCACCAAUGUGAGAUCUCAGAGCAGCAAUCCUAGAAGGAACACUGGUGCUUUGAGUAGAGGUCCAAGCUGGACUCUCCAGCAAAGAACACCAUUGGUGAAUCCUGUUCGGAAUGGACCACAACCACGAACAGCCCCACAAGUGCAGACUGCCAGAGGCCGGAUGGUAGGACCAAAUGUCUGCGGGGGACACUGCUGCUCAGGGUGGACAACAGCUCCUAGAACAAAUCGAUGUAUUAAACCUGUAUGUGACCCUCCAUGCCAGAAUAAAGGAUCCUGUAGCCGUCCCCAGCUUUGCGUUUGCCGCUCAGGCUUCAGAGGUUCCAGGUGCGAAGAGGUAAUUCCCGAAGAAGAAUAUCAUCCACCUGGCCUUGCAAGUGCCUUUCAGCCUCCGGCAGUUUCCCUUCCAAUGAGAAUAAACAGUGCAGAAAAAAGAGAGCCACAGAUACCUAUCAUACAGAAACUACCAGCUGGGGUUCAGAACAGAAGCAGCUCCCUUGUUACUUCUCAGUCAUAUACUGGAUCAUCCCGCACAGUCCGACGCUACCCAGCUGUAAAUCAUGAUCAUCUAACUUCCAAUAUAGUUCCCAAUGGGAAUGGAUUUGAACAGAGUAGAACUGGGUCACGAAUGGUAUAUCAGGAACCUGUUUUGUCUCCCUGGGGAGCUAACCUGACAGAAAAAAUCAGGAAGAUAAAAAUAGUGUUCACUCCGACAGUCUGUAAACAAACGUGUCACAAUGGCCACUGCUACAAUAAUUGUGAGAAAGGAGACACUACCACCCUAUAUAGCCAGAGCGGACAUGACCACGACCCCAAAUCUGGUUUCCGUAUUUAUUUCUGCCAGAUUCCAUGUUUAAAUGGAGGGCGUUGUGUGGGCAGGGAUGAAUGUUGGUGCCCAUCUAACUCUACAGGGAAGUUUUGCCAUCUACCAGUUUUAAAAGCAGAAAGGAAACGAAUUCCAAAUAGCCUGGCAAGCAGCUCUGUGAAGCAUUCUAUGUAUACCCUUCCUCUGUCCAAUCAACUUGCUUCAAUAUACCCUUCCUUGGUGAAUGUGCAUAUUAACCAUCCCCCAGAAGCCACCGUGCAGAUUCAUCAGGUGGCUAGAGUAAAGAGUGACUCAGAGGAAUCAGAAGAGAACAGUGUGGAAAGUGUACAAAUACCCCAGCUUCCAGUGUCCUCCCAUUACAAUAAUAAUGUCACCCCAAAUAAUAAUGUUGUCAUUGAAAGCAACCAGCAACAGAGGUCCCAGGGCUUCAUGGGAAAAUGUUACCUGGAGACAGUACAUGGAAAGUGUGCUGAUCCACUGCCUGGUCUCGCAAGGUAUGAGGAUUGCUGUGGAAGCGUGGGAGCCUUCUGGGGUCUCAGCAGAUGCAUUCCAUGCCCAGUGAAACCAGCUUAUCCAACAAUAGAAAAUGGACAUGUUGAGUGCCCACAAGGAUACAAAAAACUGAACCAGAGUCACUGUCAAGAUAUUAAUGAAUGUACAAUUCAAGGCAUAUGUAAAAAUGCAGAAUGCAUGAACACCCGAGGCAGUUUCAUCUGUACUUGUAAGCCUGGUACUAUGUUGGACCCAUCACGCAGUCACUGUAUUUCGGACAAGGCAGUUUCAACAGAACAAGGGUCAUGCUAUCGCUCUGUGAUAAGAGGAAUGUGUACACUACCACUUAAUCAGCAGAUCACCAAACAGAUCUGCUGCUGUAGUCGUGUUGGCCAAGGAUGGGGGAGAAAUUGUGAGAUAUGCCCAUUGUUGGGCUCUGAAACUUUUAAGGAAAUCUGUCCAGCAGGCCAUGGCUACACUUACGCUAAUUCAGACAUUCGGAUGUCCUUGAGGAAAGCAGAAGUUGAUGAACUGCCCUCACUCAGCUCAGAGAAGCAAAGGGGACAUGAUGAUCAGAUGUCUAACGGGACAAUUAGACAGAAGGAAGUGCAAAAAGUUUUGAAAGGUGAUGCCAUAGAUAUUUUUUACCCAACUGACAUACCAGCAAGAAAAGCUGAAUCCUCAGAGGAUCAGGAUACAGAUGAGGUUACCCAAGAAACUGAUACUAAUCCAGUGGAUGUAAGAGAGAAUCCCUCCCUUUCUCCUGCCAAACAAUUUCCAGUAGCUGUAGAUGAAACUUCUGCUUCAAGAGACACAGCAACAGUAUUCACAGAGAUAAAUCCAUGUUCCUCUUCACCUGAUAUGUGUGGGCCAGGCACUUGUGUGAACUUUCCUGAAGGAUAUACCUGCUUGUGUUAUCCUGGUUAUCAACAGCAUCCAAGUCACACUUACUGCAUUGAUGUUGAUGAAUGUGAGAGAAAUCCAUGUGAUGGGAAGGGUCACUGUGUCAACACUGAAGGCUCUUAUUCUUGUAUCUGCUUCUCUGGGUAUAGCAUUCUCACUUCACAAAACAUGCAAACAUGUCAGGAUCUAAAUGAGUGUGACCAACCAGAUGUUUGCCAUGGAGGGCAGUGUAUCAAUAUACCUGGCUCGUAUCACUGUGAGUGCAAAAUAGGCUACUUCCUGAAUCACAAAGGACAGUGUGAAGAUAUUGAUGAAUGUACAACCUAUAACAUCUGUCCCAGAGGACGCUGUAUCAACACCGAGGGCUCCUUUUCUUGUGUGGAUUGUGGUAAUGGCUAUAUCGCAUCAAUGGAUGGGAGAACAUGUGAAGAUAUUGAUGAGUGCAAUUCACACAUGGCCUGCCCACAGGGAAUCUGCAUUAAUACACCAGGCUCCUUCACUUGCCAAGCUUGUGAAAUAGGUUAUGUUCUCUCAUCUAACAGACAGUCUUGUGAAGACAGUAAUGAAUGUGAAUACCCAAACAUUUACUGCUUAGAAGGAGAGUGCUUAAACACACCAGGAUCCUACACAUGUCAUUGUCAACUAGGAUUUGAACUUUUCAAUGGGACCACAUGUGAAGAUCAGAAUGAGUGUCUGGACAGUGGCAUCUGCAGUCCCAAUGGUGAAUGCCUAAACAGUCAUGGAUCUUAUUUCUGCAUUUGUGCUCCUGGCUUCUCAAAUGCUGCUGGUGGAGUCAGCUGUCAGGAUGUGGAUGAAUGUGCUGAUUACUCCCGGUGUUUGCAUGGUCGGUGCAUCAAUACAGAAGGCUCCUACAGCUGCUUAUGUCAAACUGGCUUCCAGCAUUCUCAGGAAACAGAUGACUGUGUAGAUGUGGAUGAAUGUGAAGAAUUUGGGGCUACUGCUUGUGGCAUAUGGCAAUGCCAGAAUACCUUGGGUUCAUUCCACUGCAUUAUGGGAUGUCCUCCCGGCUUCCAUCGCACACCAUUUGGUGACUGCAUUGAUAUUGAUGAAUGUGCCAAUGAGACCCUGUGUGGAAGCCAUGGUUUCUGUGACAACACUGUUGGGUCAUUCCAUUGCUUGUGUGACCGUGGCUAUACAAAUUCCCCUUCAAGCCAUGAUUGCAUUGAUGUGAAUGAAUGUGAGCUGAUGAUUGCAGUGUGUGGGACUGCACUUUGUGAAAACGUAGAAGGAGCCUUCUUGUGCCUGUGUCCAAGUGACCAUGAAGAGUAUGACACAGAAACUGGGGAAUGUCGCCUCCGAUCAGGCCUAGGGGAACCUGGAAGGCCUGUAUCUUUACAUCCAGAUAAUGCAGAGCGGAAGGAGUGCUAUUAUCACAUCAGUGAUGUCCCAUUGUGUGACAGUGUCUUAGCCAAUAACACCACAAAAGAGGAAUGCUGUUGCACAGAAGGAGCAGCCUGGGGAGAUAAUUGUGAAACAUAUCUGUGCCCAGUCAUUGGCUCAGUGGAAUAUAUUGAUAUUUGCCCCAGUGGGAAGGGCUAUAUUCCUGUAGAAGGAACACUGAUUUUUGGACAGACAUCUUAUACAGAUGCCAAUGAAUGUGAAAUGUUUGGCUUUGAAGUCUGUCGUAAUGGACAUUGUGUGAACACAGUUCCUGGAUACACCUGCUUCUGCCACGUUGGAUAUUUCUAUCACUCCAGUCAGUUUGCAUGUGUUGAUCUUGAUGAAUGUGAAAAUGAAGAGAUCUGUGCAAAUGGCAAAUGUCUGAACACAGCUGGCUCUUAUCACUGCUUCUGUAGCCUUCCCCUGGUUCUGGAUGUAAUCCACAAUCGCUGUGUCAACGUUUCCAACACUGCAGAUAAUCCGAAUGAACCUGACAGUGAAUUAGAAAUUUGUUGGCAGAAGGUCUCAACAAACUAUGUUUGUAGUGAACCAUUGCUGGGACGACAAACGACGUAUUCGGAGUGCUGUUGCAAUUACGGAGAGGCUUGGAGUCGGGACUGUGCACUCUGCCCUCCAAGGUCCUCUGAUGAUUUUUAUCAGCUGUGCAACAUAGUAAACGAGGCUGGACUUCGAGAAAGGCCCAGCUAUGAGUAUGGAUCAAAUCAGGACAGUCAUCAAUAUGAGCUUUACAUCCCAGAUCUGGAGCCCUAUUUGAAUCGCUUGGAUGAGGAUGGAGUGGCUGAUACCAACAGAGAGGAAAGCAAUGCAUUUGAGGAUAGUGCAACAUCACAAAGACAACAGAUCCACCCAGAUCAGACACAGCCUCGCUACAUGCCUGAGCACGUUGAACAGUACAGCAGCUUUGAAGGGCUACAAGCAGAAGAGUGUGGAAUUGUUAAUGGCUGUGAAAAUGGACGCUGUGUGCGUGUGCAGGAAGGCUACACUUGUGAUUGCUUUGAUGGCUUCCAGUUGGAUUUGAAGCUCAUGGCAUGUGUCGAUAUCAACGAGUGUGAAGCAGCAAAUGCCUCCAUGAUUCUUUGUAAAGGUAAUGCCUGUGAAAACACAGAGGGCUCCUAUCACUGCACUUGCUCACCUGGCAGUGCAGCUUUAGUGGAACCUCACUGCAUUCCAGAGACUACACAAAAUUCAGAGGCGGCAUAAUUCCAAAAGAUGAGUUAAAGUGGAGGCAACGUUUUCAGCUAUUUGCUUCAAGAACUGGAAAUCUGUGCAGCUGGACAAGCGUUUCAGGGAACUCAGCAGCUUUGAAACAUUUUAUUUCCCAGAAAGCAGACUCAACAUGUGGAUCUGUCCAAUUACAGUAUUCCAGCCAGUGUAAACACUCAGGGCCCAAUCUUCAUAUACUGUAUGUGCAUUGGAAAAACUAUCACACCAUUUUUAUCAGAGAUUUUUGGCCUUGUUACUAAUUUGCAUUGGAUAGAUCAGCAGUACACUCUUUCUUUCCUGUUCAUCUUUUGUUUCUCUGUUUAUAUCAUAGGUGACAAAUUUGUGCCCCUUGAAUUAUUCUCACAACGCUUUAUUGUACCAAUUUGUCUUACAAUGUCAUCUUACAUUUCUUUACCAUUCAUAGAAUGCUGCUUCCUAAAUUUACUUAUAAUCCUUACUCUAGCCUUUUCAGCUUUGUGUACAAAAUGGGUAUGUCUGCCUCACAGCUACUAAUGCAUUAUGUCCUCUUUAUAGCACGACUGAAGGAAAUUCACAUUCCACAGAUAACAGACAUUUGGCUUUCAAUUGAAUCCAGCCAAAAAUCUAUAUAACCUUCCCUUAAAGUUAUAUUAGCAAAACAAAAGACACAGUACCCUACAUCCAAGCCCAGAACAUAUUUUGCCCUGCAGUUAGAGCAACUAUUUAUAAUUUGAUUGUGGCUUGGACUUCAUUGGCCUUUUUUGGGCUUUCUGUUCACAACUAUAUCCAACUGCACCUUCUGUGAUUGCUGAAAUGUUACUUUGGGAAGUGGGAAAGGUUAUAGCUCUUUAGAUUUAAAAGGAAUGCAGAGUUUUCCAUUGGGAAAAAAUACAACAUGUUAAAUAAAUGUUUUUUAAAAAAAAAUUGUGCCUAAUAGGGCUGGUCAUAUAUCUUUCUACCUUCUCUUUCUGAGCUGGAAAUUCUUGGGAAGAACCAAAUUAAUUAGCAGAUCCUAUUGAUUCAACAAGUAGAAGACAGAUGGCUAGUUGGGAAAAAUACUUCUACAGAUUGAGCAAAUUAAAACAUUUUAUAUAUGACAGUAUAGCUUUCAGUCCCAGCAGGAUCCUCCAGCAGUAUCCAUCACUCACAUAUGUAAGAUACUCUUUAGAGUAUUAAGAGACUAUACCAGAGGGGGCAUUCAGCAGAUUCUGACCAGUUCUGGGGAACCAAUAGCGGA